CACAUCCAUGUCAACGCCAUCCGUACCAAUCUCAUGAUAAGGCCCCGGCCCGUACUCAUCAGCCAUAGUAGGCGAAAGGAUCAGCUCAAAGACGACGGAGUGCUGGCAUCUCGUCGCAGCUUCAGGGACGCCAGCAUGGCUAAAUCUUUCGUACCCACACCGACUAUCCCACAGUCGGAGAACCGCCCGGCGACCAGCAGCAUAGGUACGCUGAUCUUCAGCUACACCUGUGCUGGCCUCACGGGCACAGCGCUCUUCGCCGUCAUCUUCUUCUACUGCUACCAACACAUGUUCCGCAGACGAGCGCCGGUCACCGCCGCCGGAGCAGAGAGCAAUCCAGGGCUAGAAGGCCACCAUAUCGGCGUGGACAUCACCAAGCUUCCUGAGUUCGCGUACACUCAGUCGUCGAGGCGCAGGGGCACCGGCGACGGGGCGCAGUGCUCCGUGUGCCUUGGCGCGGUGCAGGCCGGCGAGAUGGUGCGGCGGCUUCCCUUGUGCAAACACCUGUACCAUGUGGAGUGCAUCGACAUGUGGCUGGCGUCGCACGCAACGUGCCCAAUCUGCCGCUCUGACGUCGAACCGCCGAGGGAAGCGUCGACGGAACCGCCGGAGACUCUGCCAGUGUAAUUCGGCGCUGAUGAUGUUCGUGCCUCCGGUGAUCACGUUAUGCAUUUGUGUAUAUUAUACAUCGAGACUUUGUUGGCCCAUCCCUUAUUCUCUUCAUCUCUCCAGUGUUCUACCUAUUUGCUUAUUUCAACUGCUAGUAAUUUUCAGCUACU